UAUUGCCGGUAGAGGGCGAUGACGCCAUCUUUGACACCGGAAAUACACCAUCUUCCUUUCCGCCGCGGCUCCGGCGCCUGAAACACGAGUGUUGGUCAUUUCUCUCUUUACGGGAGGCUUAUAUUCGGUAUCGAGAGGUAACGUCUCAGUAACGGGAAUGAAACCCAUCCUGCUCCAGGGCCAUGAGAGGUCCAUCACUCAAAUCAAGUACAACAGAGAAGGAGACCUACUCUUCUCUGUAGCCAAAGACACGGUAGCUAACGUGUGGUACUCCGUGAAUGGGGAGAGGCUUGGCACCUACAAUGGACACACGGGAGCUGUGUGGUGUGUUGACUGUGAUUGGGACACCAAAAGCGUGUUGACAGGAUCAGCAGACAACAGCUGCCGACUGUGGGACUGUGAGACUGGCAAGCAACUGGCCCUGCUCAACACCAAUUCUGCUGUCAGGACGUGCGGCUUCGACUUCAGCGGCAACAUCAUCAUGUUCUCCACAGACAAGCAGAUGGGCUACCAGUGCUAUCUAAACUUCUUUGACCUGAGAGACCCACAGCAGAUCGAGGACAACCAGCCGUACCUGUCAGUACCAUGCAGUGAGCAGAAGAUUACCAGUGCAGUGUGGGGACCUCUGGGAGAGUUUGUCAUUGCUGGGCACGAAAACGGAGAGUUCAACCAGUUUAGCGCGAAGUCUGGAGAGGUCCUGAAGAAAGCCAAGGAGCACAGCAGGCAGAUCAACGACAUCCAGACGUCAGUGGAUCUCACUAUGUUCAUUAGUGCUUCAAAGGACAACACUGCCAAGCUGUUUGACUCCACGUCUCUGGAUCACAUUAAGACAUUCAAAACAGAGAGACCUGUCAACUCUGCAGCCAUCUCUCCCAUCAUGGAUCAUGUGGUGAUGGGAGGUGGACAAGAAGCCAUGGAGGUCACCACUACCUCCACCAGGAUUGGCAAAUUUGAGGCCAGGUUCUUCCAUGCUGCCUACGAAGAGGAGUUUGGUAGAGUCAAAGGUCAUUUUGGUCCAAUCAACUGUGUGGCAUUCCACCCUGAUGGCAAGAGUUACAGCAGUGGAGGAGAGGAUGGCUACGUAAGGAUUCAUUACUUUGACCCACAGUACUUUGACUUUGAGCUGGAAGCAUAAACAGCCUGUGCUGCUACCCAAUGAGGAAAGAGGAUGGACUAAAAAUGCAGAUGAAUGCAAACAAAGGCAUCAAUGUUGUGGAGUGCUGAUCGUUUUCACUGACAAGUGUUUUGUAACAUUGCCUGGAAAACUGUUGGUGAAAUGAGAAGCUGAGUUAAAGUUUCUGUACCCUGGAUCUGUGGCUACGCUGCGACCAGACUUUAACCAACACUCACUGGUAGUUUAUUUAAUCCAAUUGGUUUCAUUUAUCCAUGCAUCUUCUGUUGUAAGCCAUUCCAUCAUAAAAUUAAUAAAUUCAAGUGGUAUUGUUUCUGAA